AUGUCUGCCCCUCACGAAAAGGAACAGUUCUCGGACGACGACGAAGACAUCGACCAGUUGGUCGCUGACUUGCAGUCGAACCCCGGCGCCGCUCUCGACGACGACGAAGACGACGGCCCUCAACAAGGGUCGUACGUCCAAGUCCCCGAAGAGUUGUUGCAAACCUCGCCCCAAACCGGUUUGACCGACGACGAAGUGCAAAAGCGCAGAAAGAAGUACGGGUGGAACCAGAUGGCCGAAGAAAAGGAAAACUUGGUCCUCAAGUUCAUCAUGUUCUUUGUCGGUCCCAUUCAGUUCGUCAUGGAAGCCGCCGCUAUCUUGGCCGCCGGUCUUGAAGAUUGGGUCGAUUUCGGUGUCAUCUGUGGUUUGCUUAUGUUGAACGCUUUCGUCGGUUUCGUCCAGGAAUACCAAGCCGGUUCCAUUGUCGAUGAAUUGAAGAAGACUCUCGCCAACACGGCGUUCGUCGUCAGAAACGGCUCCAUCAUCGAAGUCCCCGCUAACGAAAUUGUCCCCGGUGAUGUCUUGCAAUUGGAAGACGGUACCGUUAUCCCCACUGACGGUAGAAUCAUUACCGAAGACUGCUUGUUGCAAGUCGAUCAAUCGGCUAUCACUGGUGAAUCGUUGGCCGUCGACAAGCGUCACGGUGACUCCUGUUACUCGUCCUCGACCGUCAAGACCGGUCAAGCCUUCAUGAUCGUUACCGCUACCGGUGACAACACCUUCGUCGGUCGUGCCGCCGCCUUGGUCAACAAGGCCUCCGGUGGUCAAGGUCACUUCACUGAAGUGUUGAACGGUAUUGGUACUACUCUUUUGGUCUUUGUCAUCAUCACCUUGUUGGUCGUCUGGGUCGCUUGUUUCUACAGAACCGUCCGUAUUGUCACCAUCUUGAGAUACACUUUGGCCAUCACCAUUAUCGGUGUCCCCGUCGGUUUGCCCGCUGUCGUUACUACCACCAUGGCUGUCGGUGCCGCCUACUUGGCCAAGAAGCAAGCUAUCGUGCAAAAGUUGUCGGCUAUUGAAUCGCUUGCCGGUGUCGAAAUCUUGUGCUCGGACAAGACCGGUACCUUGACCAAGAACAAGUUGUCGUUGCACGAACCCUACACUGUCGAAGGUGUCGAACCCGAUGACUUGAUGUUGACCGCCUGUCUUGCUGCCUCGAGAAAGAAGAAGGGUUUGGACGCUAUUGACAAGGCCUUCUUGAAGUCGUUGAUCAACUACCCCCGUGCCAAGGCUGCUCUCUCCAAGUACAAGGUGUUGGAAUUCCAACCUUUCGACCCCGUCUCCAAGAAGGUUACCGCUAUCGUCCAAUCGCCUGAAGGUGAAAGAAUCAUCUGUGUCAAGGGUGCCCCUCUUUUCGUGUUGAAGACCGUCGAAGAAGACCACCCCAUCCCCCCUGAAGUCCACGAAGCUUACGAAACUACUGUCGAAGAAUUUGCCCAAAGAGGUUUCAGAUCGCUUGGUGUCGCCAGAAAGAGAGGUGAAGGCCACUGGGAAAUCCUCGGGAUUAUGCCUUGUAUGGACCCCCCUAGAGAUGACACUGCCCAAACCGUCCACGAAGCUAGAAACCUUGGUCUCCGUGUUAAGAUGUUGACCGGUGACGCCGUCGGUAUCGCUAAGGAAACUUGCAGACAAUUGGGCUUGGGUGACAAGAUCUACGACGCUGACAGACUCGGUCUCGGUGGCGGUGGUGACAUGGCUGGUUCGGAAAUUGCUGACUUUGUUGAAAACGCCGAUGGUUUCGCCGAAGUGUUCCCCCAACACAAGUACAACGCCGUUGAAAUUUUGCAAUCGAGAGGUUACUUGGUGGCCAUGACUGGUGACGGUGUUAACGACGCCCCCUCGUUGAAGAAGGCCGACACUGGUAUUGCUGUCGAAGGUGCCACUGACGCCGCUAGAUCCGCUGCCGACAUUGUGUUCCUUGCCCCCGGUUUGUCUGCUAUCAUUGAUGCUUUGAAGACUUCGAGACAAAUUUUCCACAGAAUGUACUCGUACGUUGUCUACCGUAUCGCUUUGUCGUUGCACUUGGAAUUGUUCUUGGGUCUCUGGAUUGCCAUCUUGAACCACUCGUUGGACAUUAACUUGAUUGUGUUCAUUGCCAUUUUCGCUGACGUCGCUACCCUUGCCAUUGCUUACGACAACGCUCCUUACGACCCCAAGCCCGUCAAGUGGAACUUGCCCAGAUUAUGGGGUAUGUCGAUCGUUCUCGGUGUCAUCUUGGCCAUCGGUACCUGGAUUACCCUUACUACCAUGUUCGUGUCCAAGGGUGGUAUCAUCCAAAACUUCGGUUCGUUGGACGGUAUCUUGUUCUUGCAAAUCUCGUUGACUGAAAACUGGUUGAUUUUCAUCACCAGAGCUCAAGGUCCCUUCUGGUCGUCGAUCCCCUCGUGGCAAUUGGCUGGUGCCGUGUUCAUCGUCGAUGUCAUCGCCACCUGUUUCACCUUGUUCGGCUGGUUCUCGCAAAACUGGACUGACAUUGUCACUGUUACCAGAACCUGGAUUUUCUCGUUCGGUGUCUUCUGUGUCAUGGGUGGUUCGUACUACAUGAUGUCCACCUCGGAAGGCUUCGACAACCUCUGUAACGGGAGACCUAGAAAGCCCCAAAAGGACCAAAGACACCUCGAAGACUUCUUGAUGUCGAUGAAGAGAGUGUCCACUCAACACGAAAAGUCGUCGUAA